GUUUGGGAUUUACAUCUGUACUAGUGUUAUUCAUAUAUUAACCGAGACUGAACAAUGGUGUUUGCAGAAAGAUGGCUAGUGUUUAUAUCUGCAUUUCUGGCGAACUUGAUAUUGCUGGGUGUAAUUUUCUCCAUGGGGACAUUAUUGUCAGAUAUUAUGGACACAUUUAACGUAUCCCGUUCCGACGCUGCACUUGUGCAGUCUGUGAACAUUGCAGUCAGUCUUUGUUUUGGCGUCUUCCACGGAAGCUUGCUUCAUAAGUUUGGUGUACGAAAUGUUGCGUUGUGUCUUUCCUUCAUCAUAUCCAUAAAUUUUGGCAUCAGCUUUUUUGCUACGUCAAUAACAUUUCUAGUGAUAUCAAUUGGAGUAUUUGGGGGUAUUCCAGCCAGUGGUAUUUUCAUAGCAACUUCCUCUGUUGCCGGUCGUCAUUUCCAUGGCAAACAGGGACUAUUUGUCGUAUCCAUUGUCAAUGUUGGGUCAGGCCUGGGUGGAGUCAUUUUUCCUUACGUCUUAAAUUAUCUGACGGACAACUUUGGGCUACGGGGAACUUAUCUGAUUACUGGUGGGAUUUUCCUUAAUAUGAUACCGUUGUCAUUAUUAUGGAAACCUCCUAUAACAACGAAAUCGAGGCCGUCAACAAAUUUGCAAGAUUUAACUGGUGUAGAAAAUAAGGCUUAUAAGGUCAGUAGCGGUGACCUUGAUAAUAUACCAACGAACAAUAGCGAUGUUAUUGCUAUGGAAUUAAAAAAAGAAACAUUAACGUAUGUAAAAAGCGAAAUUAAUACAGACAAAGGCGGCGAAUAUACUCUUUGUACUACAAUGAAGAAACUCGUUGCAGACAAAGCUUUUAUGUGUUUUGCAUUUGGACUUGCAGCAGCUUACUCAUGUAUCACAGUAUUUUUGGUGUAUGUGGUCGACGUACUUCAGGACUCGGGGCUAUCUGAAACCAGUGCUACUCUAGGUCUACUUUUAUUGAACCUGGCAGGCAUUCUUGGACGUUUUCUCCCAGGGUCUUUGACACAACUUAAACAUAUAACUGUGUUGACAGUUCCAAAAAUUGCAUGCAUAAUGAUUAUAUUAUCCCAGCUGGGAUUAACACUACUUAAUAGUACUUAUACACAUUUCUUGUCGUGCAUAAUAGCGGGAACAGCCAUUGGAAUGUUUGUGUCUACUUUUGGUGUAGUUACUUUGAAACUGGUUGGCAUUGAGCGACAAUCAAAUGCAAUGGGACUAUGUUUAAGUCUCUCGGGGAUAACAAAUGCCAUUUUGGGACCAUUAGGAGGCUGGAUCCGAGACAAUUCAGGAUCCUAUAUGAUUCCCUUUCUACUUUCGGCCUCCAUGGAAGUCCUGGCGAUCGUUCUACUGAUUAUGGCUCAGUUUUUCCGAUCCAAAGAUCGAAAUAAAAGAGCAGUGAACAGAAAGACUCUUAACUGUUUCCCCUUAGAGAACCCCAAAUAUAUUGAGAGCCCAGAAGACGAAUGUGAACGUGUGGCCCGGAUAAGUAUAGAUGGCUCGCACGAUAUGACAGAGUGA